AUGUCCCGCCUCCUCCGCCUCCGCCCCCUCACAACCCUCCUCACCCCUCUCAAACCAACUCCAUCCCGCCUCUCCUCCUCCUUCUCCCGCGGCCCGGCGCCCCCCCGCCUCCCCGCCGACCAACAAGCCGAGUUCGAGCGCCUCCAGCGCGCGGCCUCCGUGUCGAGCGCCUUCCAAGACUACGCCAACCCGUCCGCUUCAGAGGCCACAACCGCCGCAGACAACACAACCACCACCGAGACGGUCGCCGCCGAAGCAACUCCCGAAACAAACAAACCAGCCAACCCCACAAUCUCCUCGAGCGACGAGGACACGAUGCACCCGGCCUACGUCCGCGGCGCGCCGGCCGAGUUCGAGGGCGACGUGAAUCCGCGCACCGGCGAGGUCGGCGGGCCCAAGAGGGAGCCCUUGAGGUGGGGUUCCGGUGGCGACUGGAGCUACAACGGCCGCGUGACGGACUUUUGA